CGCCGGGAGCUCGGGCCUCAGCCGGUCCCGCCGCGCCGGCCCAGGGCCGCGAGCGCUCCACCGCCGGCGCCUACCGGCUCUGCGCGGGCGCCGAGCGCUGGGGGGAGAGGGAACCGCCGCGGGAGCGCGCCGGGAAGAGGCGGAGACGGGGAACGGCCGCCGCCGCGAGCGAGCCCCGCCCCGCCCGCCCACUCCCCGCUCCCCGCCCGCCGGGACCGUUUCGGCCGCCUUCCCCCCGCUCCGCGUGCGCGCGCGCCGCUCCCGCGCCGGCCGGGCCGCAUGAGCGGCAUGAGCGGCUCCGCCUGAGCGCCGCGCGCGCCGCCACCUCCCUGCUGCCGCCCGGUCCCGGCGGGCGUCGCGUCCCCCCGCGCCGCCGCCGAGGAUGCUGAAGAUGAAGCUGCCCCUGAAGCAGACGAGCCACAAGGCAGCGGCGGCGGAAGAUGCGACGGCGGCGGGGUUGAAGGAGCCCGGCGGUGCCCUGGACUGUCACCUCCCCCUGCAGCAGCAGGUGCCCCGGGCCCGCGGGGGCGCCGCGGCGGCGGCGGGGAGGGGGUGUGGGCUGGAGGGGCCGAGCCGGCUGCGCGGCCUGGGGCCGGGGCCUGGGCCCGGCCCGCCGGCCCCCCCCGCCUCCCUGGGUGCUCCGGGCGGCGGCGGUCCCGGCUCGGCGGCCGCCCGCACGGACAAGGAGACGGUGUACGAGUGGUUCGGGCUGGUGCUGGGGUCGGCGCAGCGCCUGGAGUUCAUGGUGGGGCUGCUGGACCUGUGCAACCCGCUGGAGCUGCGAUUCCUGGGCUCCUGCCUGGAGGACCUGGCCCGCAAGGACUACCACUGCCUCCGCGACUCGGAGGCCAAGGCCAACGGGCUCAGCGACCCCGGGCAGCUCGGCGACUUCCGCGACCCCGCCGUGCGCUCCAAGCUCAUCGUCUACCUGGCCCUGCUGGGCUCCGAGAACCGCGAGGCCGCCGGCCGCCUGCACCGCCUCCUACCCCAGGUGGACUCCAUCCUGCAGAGCUGCCCGGCGGCGCGGCGGGCCCCGGCCGAGGAGGAGGAAGAAGAGGAGGAGGAGGAGGACGGGGACGUGGUGGUGGUGAUGGACGGAGCCACGGAGAACGGGCAGGCCGGGAUCCCCGCCGCCCAGGGCCUGGGCUGCGGCGCGCAGGAGGAGCUGCUGCUGCUCUUCACCAUGGCCUCGCUGCACCCGGCCUUCUCCUUCCACCAGCGAGUCACCCUGCGGGAGCACCUGGAGCGGCUGCGGAGGGCCCUGUGCGGGGACCAGGAGGAGGAGGAGGAGGGCUUCGGCCGCCACCCGGCCCAGAAUGACUUUUCCCAUGGUGACUGCAUGUCAAGCAAUGAGACCAGUUUGCUAGAGCGAAGCACAGCACCUCAUGAUGGACUCCCGAUGGCUUCCCAUAGACCUCAGCGAGAAGCUGUACACAUUGAGAAGAUAACCCUGAAAGACGUAUCAAGAAAAAGGGCUGACAAACAUUUGGAGUACACAUUCAAAGUAACCUGGUCCGAUUUUUCAGUAACAUGUGUAACAAAAACACAUCAGGAGCUUCAGGAAUUCCUGCUAAAACUCCCAAAGGAACUGUCUUCUGAAGCAUUUGACAAGACUAUUUUAAGAGCACUAAAUCAGGGUUUUCAAAAGAGGGAAGAACGAAGGCAUGCUGAUCUUGAGCCCAUAAUCAGGCAGCUAUUUUCAAGUACAUCACAAGCUUUUCUGCAGAAUCAGAGAGUAUACAACUUCUUCCAAUCAAUUUCAUCAGAAUCUUUGCACACUCACAGUAAUUUACAACCCUCUUUGAAGACGGUUAAGACAGCAGAACACUUCAAGGAGGACAGUUCAGAAGCUUCAAGUCAGGAGGAAGAUGUAAUGCAACACACAGCAGUUCACAAGAAACAUAAUGGAAAAAGUCCUGUUGCCAACAGCACUAGCAGUGCAAAAUGUUCUUCACUGGAUAGCCUUAACAUACAGCACUCGGAGCAGAAUGGGGUAGUGGACUGGAGAAGGAAAAGCUGUAUUGUCCAGCAGCACCCAGAACACUGUACUAACCUACUUGACCAGCACACAGUGGAAAAACGAAGUCUGUCUACAGUAAGCAAGAAGAAAGGAAAGCCACAGCUGGAAAAGGAGAAAGCAAAGAAAACUGACUGCAGGUUGACUAACAGGAGUAAUGGAGUUCGAGUUGCAGCAUCACAGCACAUCCGUACUGGGACAGCAAAAGAUCUGAAUUUGGAUGCUGGAUCUGGCCACGAUACAUGUGGAGAAACAUCAUCUGAAAGUUACAGCUCUCCUUCUAGUCCACGACAUGAUGGGCGGGAAAGCUUUGAUAGUGAAGAAGAAAAAGACAGAGAUACAGACAGCAAUUCUGAGGACUCUGGGAAUCAAAAUACAACCAGGUUUACAGGCUACAGUGCUGUCAGUUCAUCAAAUAUGAACAAAUCAUCUGCUCAGAUCUCUUCAGUGAAUAAUGAAAAUGGGAGCCUUUCAGAAGAUCCUUUGAAUGCAAAGUUUCAGCAUAUUUCCUUCAUGCCUGCCUUACACUGUGUGAUGCACAGCGCUGCCCAGAAGCCUGAAGCAGUUGUCCCACCACCCAUCUCUGCAGAUGGUAAAACCAUGGGAAUGCUGGUUACCACACCCGUCGCUGUCUCGCCGGUGAGAGAGUCUGCGAAUUCCCCUCCUGCGGGAAUGGGCCCAGUGACCUCUGGUGAACCUGAGAAACGCCUUGAGCUCAUGGCUUCCCCUUUGCCAGUCCCAUCCUCCUUCCUUCCACAUUCUGUCCAGCCUGGUAGCCCUGCUUUGCAUUUGGCAAUACAUAGGUUGAAAAUCCCCUCUCCACAGGGAUCAUCAGAAAGUUGCACAGUUAAUGGACCACAGCAGCCGACAGGAAACUUAAGUAUUGGAUCACCAAAUACUGCCUUUAUCCCAGUCCACAAUCCAGGUAGUUUCCCAGGAUCCCCAGUUCCUACUACGGAUCCCAUCACAAAAUCUGCAUCCCAGGUGGUAGGACUGAAUCAAAUGGUGCCUCACAUUGAGGGAAACCCAGGAGCAAUCCCUCAGCCUACCAAUCUUAAGGUAGUUCUUCCAGCAGCUGGUCUCUCCACAGCAGCACCACCACCUCCACCAGCUUCGUACACUUUGCCAGGCAGCCCUCACGCUACCAGUGUGUUGCCCAACCAGAAUACAAACGUGCUGAGCACUGGAGCAACUUCCUCACCACCUCAGUCCGCUGGCCUCGGCGUUGGUCAGGUCCAGUCCACUGUUCCUCCUGCAAUCCCGACACACACGCCAGGCCCUGCCCCCAGCCCGAGCCCCGCUCUAACACACAGCACUGCACAGAGUGACAGCACAUCCUACAUAAACGCUGUUGGGAAUAAUAACACUAACGGGACAAUGUUACCUCCGCAGCAGCUGGCAUCUGGCCCUUGCGGUUCUUGUGGACGUAGGUGUAGCUGUGGGACCAAUGGCAGCCUUCAGAUUAAUAGCUAUUUUUAUCAUAACCCACUUCAUGGACAAGUCUACAGAGUUCCAUCUUUCUUCACUCUGCCAUCACUUUGCAAUGGCAGCUACCUCAAUCAAGCACAUCAAAGCAAUGGAACACAACUUCCGUUCUUCCUGCCUCAGUCUCCGUAUGCAAACGGGCUUAUGCAUGACCCAGUGAUGGGGAGCCAAGCCAACUAUGGUAUGCAGCAGAUGGCAGGAUUUGGGAGGUUCUAUCCUGUAUAUCCAGCACCUAACGUAGUUGCCAACACAAAUGGGUCGGGACCCAAGAAGAACGGGAACGUUUCAUGUUACAAUUGUGGUGUAAGUGGACACUAUGCGCAGGACUGUAAGCAGUCAUCCAUGGAGGCCAGUCAACAAGGCACUUACAGACUGAGAUACGCACCUCCCCCUCCCCCUUCCAAUGAUACCUUGGAUUCUGCAGACUGAAACAAGUAAACAUUGCCUACUCAAACUGAAGCUUGGGAAACUGGGGAAGGUGUGUGUGGGAGGGGGAGGUUGGUUAUGUGUUUUGGGACAUUCCCGGUUUUAUAUUCUUUUGGAAUUUUUCAUUGCUUUUGCACCUCUGUUCCGUACAAAAGAAGAAAGCUGAGUCCCUGGUCUCCUCCUGGUUCUACAAGAGGCUUGCGUAAUGCAUGUAAUUCACACACACAGCCAAACAAUCAGAGCAUUCGAACCAUGCUUUUGCACUGAAGACUUGAGACAUGUGCAAUGUUUACUGCAGUUUAAAAAACAAAAUAAAUUCCUCUGACCUCUGACAUCACUGGUGGAGCAGCCAUAUGGUGAAAGAAGAAACUUGGUCAUGUUCCCCACCACAAUCUUCUUCCCUCCCUCUCUCUUCUCCUUAUGCUGCUGUUUUCUUUUCUUUCCUUUCCCUGGUUGUCCACGUGGAUUCGUUGGACUUGCAUGAGUGUUUAGCAGUUCAUACAGACCCUGCCCGUACUCUAAAUUUAAUGCUCAUGAGUUGAGGGGAGAUGUUCAAACAUCCUAUUAGCAGAGUCCAAAGGAAAACAUGAUACUGUAUGUGUAUUAUACCUGAUAAUAAUACAGAUACGCAGCUCUCAAGAGGCCCAAACAAAUGAAAAUACAUAGAGCAGGAAGGGGCUGAAACUUUGUGGACUGGAACAGAUUUAAAUGAACGAGCUUAAAUUGACAGAUUUUUCUUCCCUUGUAGCUUUUUAGCCUGUAUGUUCAGCAACAAAGGUGAAAAAAAUGGUAUGAAUGUUGUAUUCAGUGUGUUUGCAUUUGUCAUGAAAGUUGACAGCAUUUUUUCCUUUUUUAAAGCUAUUCUACAUCGUGUCAACACAGAAUGAACAUUACUUGAUUGAAUAUUUUUUCCUAAACUAUUACAGUGUUGCAUUGUACUUAGAAUGUAAAUGUUUUCUUUCAAACUGAACAAAAGCUAUGGUUUUCUACAAAAUAGUCAGGUAUUAGUAUUAGAACCUGUCUACCAAAUAGAAAAGUCACUAUUUUAUAACAAUUUACCACUAUGCGUAAUUACGGUAUAAUGUGAAAGACUGAAAUGAGUGUUAAGAUGGUAUUAAACAUGUCAGUAUCAUGAGUAAGUAAGUUUAAUGCUGCUGUAUUUUUUAUUUUAUUUUUAAAAGCCAAUAUAUGUACUAAAUUGCUUCCAGGUAAUAUUUGAUUUCCUAAAGUGCACUGAGGUUAUCUGGAAGACGAGUGUGUUUUUUGACUGCUGCAUUCAACACCGAUGAACAACUACCACUGUAUAUCCAUAGGGUUUGGCAUUCCUCACAGUUCAUGGCAGAAAUGUUUUUUUCUUAAAAUCAGACCCAGUGUCCAGUAGAGGGAUGAAAUAUAAAUCAAUCUUUGGUUCAACCGUCUAAUAAAUUGCUAAACAAACAAAAAACUUGAAGAAAAAAAAAAAAGCUUGAUUACUACAUUUCUUCAUAGGUAGCAUUUAUAUUUAUAGCACCAGUGUACAUUUUGAAACUUUUUUCUUGGGGGGGAGGGGAAUGGGAGGGAGGUAGAUGAAAGCUUUAAUUUAAAAAAAUAAAAAAAAAAGUUUAAGUAGUAAAUGAAAAUUAUUUUGAUUAAAAUUUUUAUUUGAUCUGGGUAUUUUUGGACCACUUGAAAUGAAUGAACUGCGUUUGAGUUGAAGUGAGGGUGUUAAACCACCAAUGGACUUGUAUUGUGAAUUACCUGCCAGUUGUACUUUAUGGAACUUAUUUUAUGAUUUAAAAUACUGUACUGUAAAUAGGAGGUAUGUUACCUUCUCUUUAUUUGUAUGUUUACCAUAUACUUUGAUAUUUGAAAUGUACUGGAAAGGUCACUUAUAUUUCUAGAAGAGAUUGGAUUUUAUGCAACCUUUUUCCUUGAAUUAACAGCAAUAAAAAAAAAAGAAAAAAAGUACCUGUGUGCAUGUACUGUCCUUUAUCACUGAGAAUGAUGAAUCACUGCUGCUGGGUAUGGGGAUGGGAUCAUGGAAAGCUACCAUUCUGGUUGGAAUUUGUCACUUUUGAGGCAAAGCCGAGAGUAUUUGACUUAAACUGAGGUCAGUCUCAUGUCUGAAGUCAAGAUACUGUAUCUCGAUUUCAACUUCUUUAAGAUCUAGGAGAUCUCCUGGCAGAAAUAGGUUAUCCUUGUGCAAUAGAGCAGGACUUGGACUUCAGCCCUUUCA